CUUGUGUUGGAGGUAUUAUUCUUGAGGUACCAAAAAUUCCUUAGUAACUCCUACAUAUGUAUGUCUAUGUAAUACCUGUAACUAAACGAAGAACUGUAAAACCAGUUACAUUUCUCAUUUUUGCUCCUUUUACUUUUACACUCUUAGUUUACCAUAUGAAAAUACUAGUGUUUCAGAUGUUUCCUAUAAUCAAUCCCCAAAUUGAAAUUAGCAACAGUAAUUCAUUGUAA